AUGGGUUCAGCAGAUUGGGCACAGUUGCGUACCAGCCUUUUGGAUUUAGUUUUGGAGACAUUAGUGUCACCAGCAGACUAUUUGCACUUCGGCUGCGUUUGUAAGUCGUGGAACCAUGCAGCAAAGGCUAAUAAAAAGCAACGUGCUCUUGUGUCAACUUUCUGUCCUCCGUUGCUCUUGAUAUCUACCGGCAAAAACGGGACGUGGAGGUUAUGCGACGCAAUGAAUAACAAGGUGUUUGAUUUGCAACUCAAGUUGUCGAACAAGCGGUUUUGUGGUUCUUCAAAGGGAUGGUUAAUAGCGGUGGACCAAAGUCAAACCAUAACCCUAACAAAUCCACUAUUGAGGCACAAGGGAAGGCGAAUGAAGGACAAUUCAAUCAUUCGCCUCCCUCCGCUCACUCCACGAGAUGAGCAUGAAUUGUUGAUGCACCCCUCAAUAUGUAACUACGGAGUCUACAAGGCUACAAUCUCGGCGGAUCCAAUAUUAUUUGCAGAGGAUUGCAUUGUUCUUGUCAUCUACGAGGACCUAUUGCAGUUGGCAUUCAUUAGACUCAAAGACACAAAAUGGACUUAUGUUGAUAGGCGAUGGAAAAUGUUGGAAGACGUUGUUUGCUUCCAAGAUAAUUUUUACCUUGAUAACCGAAGAACACUCUUGUCGUUUCAUCUUACCCGUCGGUCCUACACAAAGGUAAGCGUAAUUGCAAAACCCAAGAAACCAGAGGAUCCUUGCUUCAAGACAUAUCUCGUGAAUUCAAAUGAGGAAAAAUUGUUGAUGGUUCAAAGAUUUAUUUGGGAUUUUGAAGAUGGAACACGAGACACGACGGAAUUUAAAGUUUUUGAAUUGGAUUACGCUAAGUGUAAGUGGAUAGCGAUGGACACCUUACGUGAUACGGCACUCUUUUUGGGUGACAAUUCUUCAGUAUGUGUGUUGGCCUCGAAGUUUCCAGGAUGUCAAGCGAAUUGUAUAUACUACAAUCACGAUGCUGAUCGUAUGAGCUUUGAUGUCGGGCCUUAUGGACCGCAUGAUUUUGGUGUGUAUAACGUCAUCACGGGACAAGAGAUUUCAAAGCCGUACACCAAAGAUGUCAUGGCCUUUUUAAAGAACAGCCGGAAACCUCCAAUAUGGAUUGUGCCAACUUUGCAGUUGUAA